CAAUUAUUUUAGCAUUUUUGUGAAUCAGUUUGAUUCCGAUUUCAUGUCUAUGAGGCAUGAAAAAACUCGAUUCUCAAGAGUUAACAGUGUAGUUGACAGUUUGAGAUGCAUUUUCUCAGUAACUGUUUAUUAUUGUCAAUUUUGUAUACGAGUACAUCAGCAUUCCUGCUAACUUCAAGGCAAUUCAAUGACGUACGUAUAGUGGGUGGUAAAGAAGCAAACAUCUCCAGUUUUCCUUAUCAGAUAUCUCUGAUGAAAUAUGGCAGUCACGUUUGUGGAGGAGCUAUUUUUCACGACUCUUACAUUUUGACAGCAGCUCAUUGUGUGAUUAAUGGAUUGGCAAAGUCCUAUUCCAUUCGUGCAGGAAGCAGUUUCAGAAUGUCAGGAGGAACCGUUUUCAAAGUUUGCUCAGUGCAUAUUCAUGAAAAGUUUGUGACUUCCACCAUGGACUAUGAUAUCGCUAUACUGACUCUUUGCAGUCCCAUUUUAUUCAGCAGUACGAUGUUGCCAGCUGCAUUGCCACUCAGUUCUGAAUCCCUUUCACCAGGAAUCUUGGCUACAGUGACUGGUUGGGGUUACACUACGGAAAGUGGAAGUGUGUCGAAUAACUUGCAACAAGUCCAAGUACCUAUCGUAAAUCAUAAUCAAUGCAGCAAAAUCUUCACCAAGGAAACUAUCAGCAACAACAUGAUAUGUGCUGGUUUUUUAGGAAAAGGUGGAAAAGAUGCUUGUCAGGGUGACUCAGGUGGACCUAUGAUUGCUAAAGGCAAGCUUUAUGGAAUUGUUUCAUGGGGAUAUGGAUGUGCCCAAUCUCAGUAUCCAGGCAUCUACACCAAUGUCCCAGUUUUGAGAAACUGGAUAAAACAAAUCACAAAAUACUAAGAGAUGUAUAAAAAAUAGAGAAAUUAUGUGUUUCAAUCUGAAGACUGGAAUGCCAAUUAACUAACCAACUAUCAUUUGAAUUUUCUCUGUGAUUUAAGUAAUUUAGUCACAGGCUAGAGAUUGAUGGAAUAAACGUCUGGUGCGCUACACUCUUCAUUUGUUUCGUCAAACUGGUUCUUGAUAUAAACAAUUGAAUUUCAUAUGAUAACGUGGAGUCAACUUAUUGAAUAUUAGAUGGAGUGAUUCCUAGAACUUAUGAUCAACAUCAGUUCUACCAACCUUGAUGCGGCUUAAUCGCAAAAUGUAUUCCGUUUCUUCAUUGGUCACAAUUCGGUCACAAUUGUCACAUUGAUGCCUGUAAUUUUGGUGUGGCACCAGACUAAACUGAGCGAGAUUCACCCACGCCAUGUUAUGUUUAUCGAAGUUGGCAAAAUUCAAGGAAUUGUAAAACAGGAAAGAAUUUGAGUGCAUACACCAGAGUUUAUUUCAUCAAUGGCUAGAGUUUACCACGAUCUGUUAAUGUCAUUGA